ACUAUCUGUGAGGGCGAAGCGAAAAAAACAAGCGCGAGUCGUUGCAGAUGUGCUGUAACGCUCAUUGUGCAUUUGGUGGACCUGCAACGACCUGUGGCAAGUGUUAUGUGUUUGGUAUCGGCAGCGUAACUUGCGUAUAAGCUCAUCUGAGUGCGACUUAUAAGCUCAUCAUUUGAAUUAGAUCAUCAGGCAUCACAUAAUUGCAGUUGUCUCACCGUGUUACCGUUAUCCGCUUGUGCGCUUCGUUUUUGGCGCCAUGCUGCCGGGCAGUUUCACGCCGGACCGUUCGCAGCGGGGGGGGUCCGGCGAGCGCGGCUACAACAACCGGCAGCAGCCCGGUCACAGAAGACGGCGAGGCCCUUCCCAGCAGCAGCUCGCCGGGACGCCGUUGCACUACUACUACGCCGACGGCUGCUACUAUCCUCAUCCCGGGGCGAUGCCGGAGUCCGGGAUUCACGGUCCGACGCAGGGCGACGGCCGAUCCAGCUCCGUUGCGGCCGGCCACGAGAGAGCGGGCGGAUCGCAGGGCUCCUCUUCCAGGUCGUCUUCUUUGGCCUCCUGCGCCGCCGACGCCGCGUCCACCAGGAAGUCCGUCUCGGUCCUCCCGCCGAAGGAGAGGCGCCUCCUGACGCUCAUGGACCGGACGGGGUACCCCAUGGUCCAGGACAACGGACAGCGGCGCUACGGGCCGCCGCCCUUCUGGCAGGGCGAGCCGCCCCCGAAGGGCUGCGAGGUGUUCGUCGGCAAGCUGCCCCGCGACUUGUACGAGGACGAGCUGGUGCCCUUCCUGGAGCGGGCCGGCCGGCUGUACGAGGUGCGGCUCAUGAUGGACUUCGCCGGCUCGAACCGGGGCUACGCGUUCGCCACGUACUCGACGCGACGCGAGGCCCGGAUCGCCGUGCGCGACCUCGACGAGCGGGAGAUCCGGCGGGGCCGUCGGGUGGGCGUGUGCGAGUCGCUGGACAACUGCCGCCUGUUCGUGGGCGGCCUGCCGCGCGACAAGAGCCGCGAGGACGUGCUCGAGGAGAUGCGGCGCGUCACCGAGGGCGUGGUGGACGUGAUCCUGUACCCCAACGUGGCGGACAAGACGCGCAACCGCGGCUUCGCCUUCGUCGAGUACGCGGACCACAAGGCGGCCGCGGUGGCCCGCCGACGCAUGAUCCCGGGCAAGAUGACCCUGUGGGGAGGCUACGAGGUGGCCGUCGACUGGGCCGAGCCCGAGCCCAUCGUCGACGACGAGACCAUGAAGAAGGUCAUGGUGCUGUAUGUUCGCAACCUCAUGCUGGGCACCUCCGAGGACGUGAUCCGUGAAGCCUUUUCCCUCGAGGGCCAGCUCAAUGUUGCCAAGGUGAAAAAGAUCCGCGACUUCGCGUUCGUUCAUUACUCAAGCAGAGAAGAUGCAACGUUGGCACUGGAAGCAAUGAAAGGUGCCGAGAUCGAAGGAGCUCAGAUUGAAGUCGCAUGGUCAAAGCCGGUGAACCACUGGAGGCGUUACGAUCGCAUGGCUGGUUCUACAAAGAAAGGCAAAGCACCCCCUCGUGGUAGCAGCCUUUGCGGAGCCCCCGUGAUGAUGCCCUCACCCGUGGCGGCUGUCGGCUAUGGGUUCUACCCACUGGCCCCACACCAUGUCCCACUGCCUAUUGGAUCUGGCAGACCUGGUGGCGAGGACUUAAUGCCCUGUCACAACGGAAGGGCUGCCCUCCCCCAUCGAGGAAAUGCCAGAAUGACAUCACGAUGUCAACAAGUGAUUCAGAUUCUGGUGGACAUGUGUGAAAGGCAAGGAUGGGGUGAGCCUCAGUUCCAGCUGGUCACAGUGAUGAGCUCCGAGUGCAACGCUCCGGACAGCAAUGAAACGCAGACACCGCUUCACUUCUUCAAGGUGACUCUGCCAAACGUCUCGCCACCAAUGUACAAUACCAUCACGCCAAACAAGUUCUGUCGCACUGUCGAAGAAGCCCGGGAGUAUGCUGCCGAGUAUGCCCUCCACCAUUUGCUGCUGAGACUUGAAAUGGGUACUCCUGCCCAGUACCCGCACCUGACGAGCCCAGUGUUCGUGGCUACCCCGGCAGCUGCAGCCCUGGGUCAAGGCUACCCACCGUACACUGCCGUACAACCCAGAGCAGGCUUUUUCCUGAACACAGCUGCGCAGCCAGUCUACAUUCCUGCCUAUUACAGCACGACGUAUUGAUGUGCCGUGCACCUCUGGGACUGGCUUCAUCAGGAUCUCAAGUUUCUCGCGGUGCCCUGCAUUCCUUUACGGGGCACCAGAGAGGCGUAGCCACCUAGCCGUGCUUUUGGUUGAGCCAUCGAAACUCGUAUGCAGGGUGUCUCACGGGAGAUUUUUCACGGAUUAUUAAACAUAACGCAGUACAGAAUAGCAGAAAAACUUUUUUUCGGCAAUCUCUUGGCAGUGCACAUUGGAACCUAUGUGAUAAUCGGAUAUAAGUUUACUGAAAGUCAAACUAACUCCUUAAUGAACAACUAUAGGGGUGCAUUGUUGCUUCAACAUUUUCAAAAUUGGGAAGUUUGCCAGUACAUAAAAGUAGUUCAUUUCAGACAAUCCUGCGACCAGUGUCGGGUUAGCGAAAUGCGUGCUCAAAAUAUGCGGCAGAAUUUCAUUGCUGUAACCAGUGGGAAGUUUUCCUUUAGCUGUGUCCAUUGCAGUGUAAACCGUGUGGAAAAAAUGAAGAAAUGUCUAAAUGGAGUAGCAAUGCACUCUGAACACAUAUUUAUAAGAACUGGUGCUAGGUGGAGGAUUUGUAUCAAAUGUGUGUGCUUUGCAUACUGGUUCAUUUAAUUUAGCAACCACGAAGUACAACCUGGAGUUGCUAAGUAAAGCGAAUAGUGAAAUUGAAGUAGCCAUUAGUGAUUAUCACACAAGCCCUUGGACACCUGCCACUGUGAAUGAUGUGUCGUCUUCUCUGUUCUGUAAUCUGUUCUGCUCCGUGUUUAGUAAUUGGUUGUCUUCCAUUGAAAUCUUGGUGUGCUGUAUACCUUAUUGAUGUGCCAUUGCUUUAUUUUUAUCUUUUAUCUUCGUUGUAUCUUUUAUGUGUGGAAGUGUACCAGUGGCCAGUCGGUCAGCAACUGGUGCCAUCAAAUGACUAUUGAUUAGGUAUUUCAUGCGUUUAUGCAUUCCAUUUGUGUAUCGUAGUAGUACAGCCAGGUAGCUGUGCCCACGUUUUUGCCAAAGAAAACCCUUAUUUAUUUUAUACCCAAUUAUUUUUCUAUUUUUUAUGCGCACGGGAGGUCUUGCCAAUUCCUUUUAGCUCACUCGCCUUGGACAAUUGCAGCCUGGCUUUCCCAGGAUUGUGAUGUGUAUAUGCAUUGGAAAAUUUUAGUGCCUACAUUGAAAGAUGAACUGCACCGACUUUAAUGAUGAUUCAGUGUAAUGUUGGCUGCGAUCAGCCAAGGUUUUCAGGUUAGUGCCUAUUGCUUGCCGGAAAUAUUGUGGUAUUGUGCAUGCGUGAAUGCCAGAUAAAUAUUUACUUCAGAACUUUGUGAGGCACAGAAAAUUUACAAUCUGUAAAAUAAAAAGUUGUUUUGUGCCUUUUUAAAUAUGAAAAUCUGUGUUCAACAUUUUUUCGUAGAGGAGUCAAUAAUUUCUUAAAAAACAUUUCGAAAGGUUGCAGAAACAGUCUGAGUGAAAUAAUAUUAAGUUUUGAAAGGCAGAUGUAUUUUUGGGAUAGUGAUGUUUGGUGUUUUGAACUGUGCGCGUUGUUGUUCGCCAACACAUACAAAAAGGAAAGGGCGCCUCUAGACAAUUGCCUCACACAAACAAGGAAAUUGGAUGUGGAAAUGAGU